AGGUUUAAAAAUUUGUAGGUGUAAAAUCUGCAGGAAACUAUCCGCCCUUUUUGCGUAGGAAUACAUCCGCGUGUUCUUCCUUUUAAAGUAGCGCCAGCCAGUUUCUCAGAUCACCUUGAGGAAGCUCGUGCAGCGUUUAGAGGCGCAUCACUUGAAGUGGACGGUCAUUUUUUGGGGAAAGGACAUCACCAAGCAAAUCUGCUCUCACCAUGUCCCACACAAAGACUCAAGACUUGGGCACUGCCUUCAUCCAGACGCAGCAGCUGAACGCUGCUAUGGCCGACACCUUCCUGGAGCACAUGUGCCUGCUAGACAUCGACUCCGAACCCACCACUGCCCGCAACACUGGCAUCAUCUGCACCAUCGGGCCAGCUUCCCGCUCAGUGGACAUGCUGAAGGAGAUGAUCAAGUCAGGAAUGAACAUUGCUCGCAUGAACUUCUCCCACGGUUCUCAUGAGUAUCAUGGUGAGACCAUAAAGAACGUUCGUGAGGCGUGUGAGAGCUUCGAGGCGGGCAGCAUCCACUACAGACCUGUCGCCAUCGCUCUGGAUACUAAGGGCCCUGAGAUCAGAACUGGACUCAUCAAAGGGAGUGGCACUGCUGAGGUGGAGCUGAAGAAGGGUAACCCGAUCAAGGUGACACUGGACGAUGCUUACAUGGAGAGCUGUGAUGAGAACGUCCUUUGGCUGGACUACAAGAACAUCACUAAGGUGGUGGAGGUGGGCAGCAAGGUCUACAUCGACGAUGGCCUGAUCUCUCUCCAAGUCCAAGAGAUUGGCUCUGACUACCUGAUGUGCGAGAUUGAGAACGGCGGUAUGCUGGGCAGCAAGAAGGGCGUCAACCUGCCCGGGGCGGCCGUCGACCUGCCCGCCGUCUCCGAGAAGGACAUUAAGGACCUGCAGUUUGGAGUGGACAUGGGAGUGGACAUGAUCUUCGCCUCAUUCAUCCGCAAAGCAGCCGACGUCCACGAGGUCAGGCAGGUGCUGGGGGAGAAGGGCAAGAACAUUAAGAUCAUCAGCAAGCUGGAGAACCACGAAGGAGUCCGUAGGUUUGAUGAGAUAAUGGAGGCCAGUGAUGGCAUCAUGGUCGCCCGUGGUGAUCUGGGUAUCGAGAUCCCCACCGAAAAGGUCUUCCUCGCCCAGAAAAUGAUGAUUGGACGCUGCAAUAAAGCUGGCAAGCCAAUCACUUGUGCCACACAGAUGUUGGAGAGCAUGAUCAAGAAACCCCGUCCCACACGUGCAGAGGGUAGCGACGUGGCUAACGCUGUUCUGGAUGGAGCUGACUGCAUCAUGUUGAGUGGAGAGACUGCGAAGGGAGACUACCCUCUGGAAGCAGUGCGGACACAGCACAUGAUUGCCAGAGAGGCAGAAGCAGCCAUGUUCCACCGGCAGCUGUUCGAGGAGCUGAGGCGCUCCACGAAACUAAGCCACGACCCCUCAGAGGCGGUAGCCAUCGGGGCCGUCGAAUCCUCCUUCAAAUGCUGCGCCAGUGCUAUAAUUGUUCUCACCAAAAGUGGCAGGUCUGCUCACUUGCUUUCCCGGUACCGCCCCCGUGCCCCCAUCAUCGCGGUGACGCGUAAUGGGCAGACGGCCCGCCAGGCACAUUUGUACCGCGGCAUCUUCCCUGUGUUUUACAACAAACCCGCUCACGAUGUCUGGGCCGAGGAUGUUGACCUCAGAGUCAACUUUGCCAUGGAUGUCGGCAAGGCUCGAGGAUUCUUCAAGCCCGGCAAUGUCGUUAUCGUGCUGACCGGCUGGCGUCCCGGCUCCGGUUACACCAACACCAUGCGCGUGGUUCCAGUGCAGUAGACCUCCACUCCUCUUCAUUCCAGUCAUUCUUACCUUUUUCCUGCUCCUUUAUCAUUCAAGCACUUCUAGCAGACUGGCAUUAGAGUUAGCAAGGUUUCCCAGGCUGGGCUUCACCUGUAAAAGGCCAGUUGUUGACCACAUCUUGUCUAAUCCCAGUCUAGUAUUCUUGCUUCCUAUAUGCUAAUUUUUUUUUUGGGCACGUGUGUCAAUCCUUAGUCCUUUUCAUUUACAAACUGCAACGUAUUAUUUCUUUCACGAGUCAGGCGGCUGUCUGUCUGUCAGUCAGACCGCAGGGUGAUGGAGGGCGUAGGUCAGAGCUGCAGUACUCCACAUGCACUCGGUAUUCUUCGAGAACAUUCCCAUUGGCUGCAGAACCAACAGAGAUGUGCUGAAGCAAAAGAAGGGUACGCUAGCAGCUCUCGCUUCUCCACCUUCUUUCACUGUGACCAAGUGUAAAGGAAUGUAUUUGCAAGUGUGGUUUUUCUCUCUGGACAUUUUUAUUAAUCUGUGUGGGGUUUUUUUUUCCUUUUCCUUCUCCCUCUUCUGCACUGCACUCCCACUGCUACUGUAGGCAAUGUUACAUCCUGUAUUAUACUUGACAUUGAGAUGUUAGGGUGUUGGGGGAAACCAGCACUUCAUAAUAUAUUAUAUAUUAUAUUUUUUCUCCUAAUCUGAGAAAUGGAGUCAGAUGCUGUUGUUGUUAGUGUUACCCUGUUCAUUCAGUCUCCAAAAAGAAUCAAGAAGAAGAGAAAUUAAAGUUCGCACCAAAUCACACUUCCUCCCAGGCUCUACUCUUUCGUGCUCGCGUUUCGUUCUCGCAGCAACUACGUGUACCGAGCGUCUCAUAUCCACACGCUUCUGAUUGUGAACCUAGGAUUUAAAGUAUAUGUAUUGUGAUAUCAACUUUACUCUGUUGCAUUGUCCAAGACUGGUUCAGUUCAUUAAAGAGAAGAGCACCUGU